UUAGUGUUUAUGACAGAUAUUAACCUAGGAAACACUAUUUAUGUGCACGUAAUCACUCCAACGUUUAUAAGUCCGUCUGUCAUCACCGAUGAACCUGGUUAUUAUCUCUGAUUAACAGUAGUUUUCAUACUUUUUUUUUUUCAAAUUUACCGUAAUUUUCAGUUUCAAAAAUGCUUUACAAACUUUUUCUUUGAAUCUGCGUGCUCCCGCGAGGUAAGUGCACGCUGCAGAUCAGGUCACAAACCUUUUUAGUGUCCUCUGGAAACACUUCCGUUGUCGUUUUGUGUAUUUGCAGCGCAUUUCUGUAUUUGGUUGUGUUUUGUGUAUUUGCAGCGCGUUUCUGUAUUUGGUUGUGUUUUGUGUAUUUGCAGCGCGUUUUCUAAAUGCAGUGCACGCGUUGUCAAGCUGAUGAAGAUGUUUUCUUAAUUUGCUUGUGUUUUCUCUAUUUGCAUGUGUUUUCUUAAGUUGCAGUGCGUUUGCCCUUGUCGGCCACCAUAGAUAUCCCUGACCCAAAACUCAGAAAAGGCUCAGUCUAAAUGGAUGUAGAUCAAAGUAGACAAUACAAAGAUUUUCUAGAAUCUCUGGAAAAGGGCUGCAGGGCAUUUGGAUCAAAAUCAGUUUAUAACAACUUCUUAACAUUUACAACUUUUUGGUAACAACCCUUUAUUGAUAACUUAACAUUUAUAAUUGCAGAUGGCUUACUAACAUUCUGUAGGAGUUGUUGACAUUUCAUUUUCAAAGUAGGAAAUUUCUUAUUUCAUUGUUUGAAUUACAGCUCUCUUGCAUCAGUGUUUUCCACUGGGCUGUGUGUUUCUAAUUGAUAAUAAUAAUGUUGUUAUAAAUAACGUUGUCACGUAGUAGAUCAGUAUUGAGCAGUUUGUGCGUGAGGUUCAACAAUAACAGUUGCCAGAUGGUCCAUGCCACAUCAGGAUAAAUAACCUGAAAGGUCACCAUCUCAACUGUUGCUUCUAAUCUGCCCGACUCCCCAUGACACACGCACAUAUGCCAACAAAUCAUCUUGAUUACUGCCCUGUUAUUUACAUACGAGACUACCAUCAUGACAGUGACAGUCAGAAUCUGUUUUUUUUUUAAGGACAAUGUUCUUAAAUAAGUAGAUAAAGCUUAAAGAUCUCCUCCAGACAUUUUGAACAUAAAUGGUUUUUCCACAAAAAAAGUUCAAUUAUUUAGUUAAAAAUUACAUCUACUCCCUCUCCCUCAUUGAAAAAUCUAGAAUCUAUGAAGAUGCAAAUAUGUUUCAGUUCUACAGUUUUACUGCUGAACACAAUGUGUCUGCUACUGAAAAGUUCUUAGUAUAUGUGCCAUGGAUGUAUAAAGAGAACUGGAUACAGCAUCAGAGGCAGGGCCCCGUCCAUUUCUAUGAAAGCUGCUCAGUGGCGCAUGAAGCCAUAAAAGUUCGACUUCCCGGCAUAAAAUGACGAGGAUCUCUCGCAUUGUGUGGCCCAUAGAGCAAGCGCACUAGAGACUUCACCGGCCAAGCUGGCUAACUUCCAGCCCUCUGCUGACUUGAAUGGGGAUAAAAUGAUUAAAUCGUGUGGCUCUUCUAGAUUUUCCAAAUGUUAUCGGACCAAAUGGAUCAAAUUCUGAAAGUGAAACGAGUCAUUUUGUGGGGUUUGCAACGCUCAAAAAAAUGUAUCCACCGUUUUACAGCCUCUUCUUUCACAAUGCAAGUUGAUGGAAAAACGUAUUUUUGGGCCAGUGUGCAUCACGUGACAGACCCGGAAGUUAUACUGUCAAUCAGUUGUAUGUCAAAUUGGCUUCAAAGCCUGCUGCACUUCCUGGGGGCUUGAUAUGUGCACUGGAGGUUUCAAGUUUCCUCAUCACACUUGUGAAAAUGCAUAUUGGACCAUGAUUGGCUCCCAAACUAGUUGUGAUGCUCAUACGUACACGCGUUAAACUCUGAUUUUAAGUGAGCACAGAGAAACGUCCCCCCUUCUUCAGAUGAAUCAGACCGAUUAUAGAAAAACUGUUUUGCAUUUGUGCUGUUCUUCUGAGGUUUUAAGUUCAUUGCUUUGGUUUUACAAUUACAUUUACUCUUAUUACUGAGUUUGAGUCAAUCGCAUCAGGGCUGCUGCCCUCAAUAUCACUACGUAAUUGUCGUUUUAGCUCCAGUCGUUGGUCGGCUGAGCGGCUUCAGUCAACACUACAGCUUCGAAAGACACAAGACAAAGACCAAAUCAGGCAUUGCAGCGGUGUGGGCACGUUUGUUUGUGCUUUAGAAUGUAACCGCUCUGAAACAUCAGAAAAUAACGUUUUAGUUCUCUGAUUCACUGGCUUUCUUGCCACCGGCGCUCCCUCUCCUCAUUCACUCUCUCUGUCGCUUGACCUUCGCUGUCUUUCUGUCUCUCUGUCUCUCUCUCUCUCAAACAGAUGGACUCAAACCAAAACCUGAGCUUUUUAAUAUCUUUUGUCCCUGUAGCUGUUUAAUACACUCAUACAGCCAUAAAGUUGCCUACCUGAUACCUUAAAAAUAAGUGUUUGAGAAAAUACUUAGGUUAGAAUCUGGGCUUAUUUUAUGAUGACUGACACUGCCAGUGUGUGUGUUUAUUUUUAUCAUGUUGGAGUUGCCAGUUUAAACCUACAGUUUUGCACUUUAAUAUGCAAACCUUUGUUUACAUUUUGUUUUGUGCUGCAUUAUACAGUUUGUCAAAAUAAAAUGAACUAAAAUGAAAUGGUCAAUUAGAUUUUUUGAGGAAAAUUAAUCGUUUAGAUUAAUCGACUAAUCGGUAAAUUAGUCGAUAGAUUAAUUGAUAGUAAAAUAGACGUUAGUGGCAGCCCUAGAUCUCAUCAAUCCCUGUAGGCAGCGCUUUCCAGCAGCAGAGCUCUGUAUGAUACCUACCUGCGCCGCACCAAAUAGCAAACAGAGUUACAGAAUGACUGUUGAACACAGUUUUGCGCAGAUGUUUUGGACGGAUGUAAAAAUAAGCAACUAAUACUUAGUACUUAACUUAAUGAGUUAAUAGUCAUGUAAAGUCAUAACAUAAUGAUAUCUUCGCAGAUCAUUAGCUAAUGAGUCAUUAAAACAGAUGCUAAUCAUGAUGUCACUUUACAGUAGCCACAAAAAAGAGUCAGUACAGCCAACAAUUCACAAUAACACUGAGUCAGAAGCCUGCACUCCAGUCAUGAACUAAUUCAUCAACUAAUUCAAAAAUAACUUUUAUUAUUGACCAUCAUUGGAGUUUGUAAAAGUAAUUUAAUGUUAUUUUGUUCAAGUUUCCAAACACAUGCCCUCAUCAAAGAAAAAAAAAACAGGUCAAAGUGCGAGACAUAUAACCGCUUUACAAACUGCACGUCUGUGUACUUCCUGUCAACGCUACAGUACGCUGCUGUUAACAAUGUGUACAAAGCUAACUGUGAAAAGCAAAGUAACUAACUUAAGGAUGAAAAAGCACUGUAUGAUGAGUGAGGAGGUUGGAGGCGAAGGUAAUGUUAAUGUUACUGUGGAGUUGACAGGAAGUAAACAGAUGUACAGUUCGUAAAGCGGUUAUACAUCACACACUCUGUUCCCUUUCUUGUUCUGUAAAAUGUUUUUGUGUUUUUGUAAAAGUUGGAAAAAUAUUCGAUAAAAUAUUUUUUAUAAAAAAAAGCAAAACAAAACAUAUCAGCUCUAGAGCUGUAACAUACAGCAGGAGCCGUAUAAAAAUUAAAAUUAAUAUGAUUAGGCCAGUGGCGGGAGGAAGAGGAGCGUAGGUGAUGGGAGGAGGUAAUAAGAAAAAUGACAGAUGAAACGUGAAAGGGGGGAACAAGAAGACCAAAAUGUCAAAUAUUGAAAGGUUAGAGGAGAAAAAAUGUAGUUAGUUCUUAAAACAUGUGAUAAGACAUUUGGAGAAUAAAAAGGGGGAAACAACUUAGUCCUUAGUUUUAAUUUGGAGCAGAAAAAGAACACACUGGAAACAUUUAAAGUCCAUUUAUUCAUUAUCAUCCCUUUUGUGUUUUGCAUUUGUAUUCACUUUAAUGGUUUUGUUUUGUUUCUGGAACAUUUGUUGUUGUUUUUUUAUUUCCAUAUUUAUUUUCUUGCUUGAAAUGUUUUUAUUUACACAAUGUUUGUAUAUUGUUUGCUUCUAUCUGCUGUAAAUCCCACCACAUCCCCUCAAACAAACAAAACACACUGUCUAUUUUAUGUCUAUCUCCUUAUUCUCUCUCUAUUGAGCAGAGACAGUAAAUUAUAGACAGAACUAAAGUGUCCUGUUGUUAGGCUGUGCUGCACCACCUACUGGACAUUUGAGUAUUUGAAUUAAAGAAAGACAAAUUAGUUGAGUGAAGACUGUGCUGCCAUGUUCCUUCCAGUCUUUUCUCUGUUGUAAAAGUAACAUGUAGUGAUAGUUGUUUUAGUUCCUGAUGUGCCUCUUAGCAUUAGGAACAGAUUAUGAGGCUUCAGCAGCUGGAGUUAGGCAAGUCACAUGGCCAUCUUCCAAAGUUACAGCCUUUUUUAGUAGGAAAAACAGUUUGGCAUAACACAAAGAUGUGCUUCUUUUUUUUUUUUUUUACUUUUAAACCAUACUAACUCUGUAUGCUGCCUGCAUUAUAUGAGGCAUCUCUGCUGUGUGUAUUCUGCAUACAUGAAUGGAAGAAAUUAGAAUAUGUAUUUUUGUCAAGAGAUGUAAAGUCCCUUUUUUUUCAAACAUGCUAUCUUUUCACCCAUUUUGCAUACUGCAUGGUUCCGUCUCAGGCUCCUGUGAAAAGGGUUGGUAGAGAAUGCUAACGCUAGAGUACGAGUCGCUGCCACAGGUGAUCUGUGCUGUGGCAGGGCUUUUUAUAAGUGCAUUAAUACUCAAAGUAGCUUUAAGUCAGCUUCUGGCUUAUUUUAUUCCUAAACAUGUACUUUCAGAAAGUAUUCUAGAGAAAAGCACCAUGUCUUUGUGUCUUAAAAAGGGCUUUGUACUUGAAUAAGAUUUUCACAGAACUUAAUAGUUUCAGUCUUAUCCCUAACCCAAACUGUUAGAUGUCUUCUUAGUUUUAUCUUGUUAAAGAACCCAAGUUGAAGUGAACAAGGACUUUAUGUAAUCACUUUAAUAUAGUACUCGCUCUGAAAUACUUCUUGUCCUUGUAAAAAAGCUCUUAGAUUUUGUAAACACUGGUGAGAGCACCAAACCAAACCACAGCUAGGUUUGGUUUAACUCAUUGUCCUCUGUCCUGUGAGUUUAUUAUAAACCACUUUCAUACAGCUUUUAAAUCCCAACAGUGUUUGUCUGCACCACAUCAUCAUGGUGUUCAUUUUUCUGUUUUGUGAAAUGCAAAACAUGAACCAAAUUUUAAAAAAAGGCACCCUGUCAACAAAGCCAAAAAUCUACUUUCACUUUUUGACAGAAAAAAUACCAGUAUUCAAGUUAGACAAAGUGGGCAACAUGAUAGGCGCAGCUGCAUGACAUAAAAGUGUGAAAACCAGAAAAGCUUUUCCUGUCUCACAGCCUUUCACACACUCAUCUACUGCUACACUCUGACCCCACAAGCACACAUCUUUUCCUCUCUCCGAGGCAACAUGGAGAGGGAGGGGAUGCUGGUCCAGUCUAUUUAUUAUGGGAGAAUCGGAAGCGAGGCCACAGAGAGGUUGCUGGAGAGGUUUGGACAUGACGGUAGCUUUCUGCUGAGAGACAGCGAGACGGUGCAGGGGGCCUUCUGUCUGUGUGUGAGGAAAGCACCUUUUGUGCACACCUACAGGCUUGUACACUCCACUGACGGCUGGUGUCUUAAGGAUUCAGAAGUCAAACCGCAGAGUUUUAGGACUCUGGAAACACUGAUAGAGAACUACAGAGGGGGUGCAGCCUCUGAUGUCAGUAUAGCCCCCCUCAUAGAUCCACUGGACAAAACACAGCUACAAUACGUCAACUUGGGACAAGAGUUCGUCUACAUGGAAACAUGAAGCAGCAGCAGCAGCUCUGUCUGUUGAGGCCAGGCCUUUAGCCUGGCAGACCAGCGCCAUUAAUCAGGUGGACAACAAGAUGACAGAAACAUGCAGAACAUGGCACAUCAAGAAUCUGUGUAGUGUCUGUCACAUUUUUUUAUUUUUAUUUUUAUUUUAUCAAUAUUUGUGUCACUUUAGUAUCAGUUUCAAACUAGAAUUAUUAUUAUCAACACGUGUGUGAAAACAUGGAAUCGGCCAAUUCAUUCUCAAAUUAUGGCUAAAAACCUAUUUUGAGUUCACAAUGAUGAAGUGUCACCUAUUCUGUGAAAUAUAGUCACAAUCUCCCCUUCUGUUCCUGAGUUAUGGUGUUGAAUAAUGGCCAAAAAAGUGUUUUUCCAGGACAUUAUGAUCACAGUGAAGCCAUCAAUUUUGCAACGAAAGAUUCACCUGCGGCACAAAAAGCCUUUCACCUAUAGGCCACCAUUAUAAAAGAGACGUUUGUAAAACUGUUGACAGGACACCUCGAACUGCAAUCAAGGUCAAUUAUGACACUUUCUAUUAUGAAUUUUUGAUCCAUGGAGGUUUUGUAUUUAUAAAACUUUCCUCGAGCUGAGAAAAGCAAUUUAAAAAUAUGUGACGUCAUCACAAUGUAAAGUCUAUUGCUGUGUUCCAGACAAUUGCAAUUCUCAUUGGACUGAAUGGGCACCAUCUUGAGGUCUGAUAUCCAUUUCUAAUAAUACAUCCAUGAUUGUAUCCCAUUAAACAUCUGUAAAGUGUGAAA